AUGAUUGGCAUGCAAGCUGACUUUAUCGGUGGGCGACUAGUGGUGUUGGGGGCUGAAAACGAUUCGGAUGUUCAGAGUGUCAUUGCAGAAGACGAGGAAGGUUUAAGCAAGCUUCAAGCAGCUAUGGAACUCAUGGGCCCGGAAGAAAGGCAAUUGCUGGAAGACGAGGUGAAAGUGCUGCAGCACGGUGUACGCGCGUGGUUGCUCAAGCGGAAUUGCAAGAACAUGCGUGAGGCAACCAAGCAGCUACGCGAAGCUGCUCAAAGUAUUGAGCAGCAAGAAGAUGUCGAGCACCUUCCUCAGGUGACAAACGAACAACUAGAGCGUGAGCGUGCCGCAGUGACUGUCCAAGCCGCGACACGGAGCAUGCUAGCUCGACGUAGUUUUUUGCAGACCAAGCAUGUAGCCAUUAAAUUCCAAGCUGCUACACGCGGGGUGCUUUGUCGCAAGAAUUUUGCUCGCAUGAAGGCACAUGCUCUAGCGUCGCUUGUUAUCCAGCGCAACGUUCGUGAGUGGUGGAACAAGCAGCCGACUGCAUCACGACCAGAAAGUUUUACCAACUAUGAUGACAGAAGAAAAGAAAACGCCGGUUCCAUGAAAUAA